AUGCUGAACAAGGUGUGUGCUCUAAAAUUCUGUCCGGUGGAUGUUGUUUUCUUGUUGUAUAAAAGUGGUGAAGCCAUGCUGGACAGCGCUAUCCGUCCUUUUGUCAUCACAGCUGUCUGUCAGGAUAUGUCACGUGAUGUGGUCAAUGACAGCUGGACACGUGGGCAGCAGAUGUUCAUGAACGGCUCGCUUGACCCCUGUGAUUACCUGGAGGAGCUGCCACUUCUGGAGUCACCUGUACAGGCCAGAUCUGCAACAUUUUUAAUGAUUUACCGUAUACUAGUAAGUGUACCCGCAGUAUUUCUCGGGCUGUUCUGUGGAGCGUGGAGUGACCGCACAGGCAGAAAGCUGCCUAUGAUGAUCCCAAGUUUAGGUAGCAUUCUGGCCGUGCUGUUGUAUAUUUUGGGUGUGUUUUUGGUGAAGCAUACCUUAAUGAUCAUUAUGAUCGGAGGAUUCGUACAGGGUGCUCUGGGUAAAAGUUCAGUGAUAACAAUGGCGGUCAACAGCUACAUCAGCGACACAACGACCAAUGAAGACAGGUCUAGAAAGCUUGGACAACUGUUGGCCAUGAAUUUCUUUGGUCUUAUUAUAGGUUACGCUUUAGCGGGAGCCCUCCAAGACUUGAUCAACCUGCAGACGACUUUAGUUGCGGUCAUUGUUUUUCAUCUUGCGUCUGUGUUGACCGUUUUCGUGUUUGUCAAAGAGGUUCCACACAAAAGCUCAUUGUGUGAGAAGGGAACUGAGAGUGCCACUGGAGAAAAGCAGUCAUUUUUCAGUCUACAGAGCGUGAAGGACUCAGUGAGGGCCCUCGUCAAACCACGAGAAGAAGGGAAGAGAGCUCUUGUCAUAGUCGCCUUCAUGGCCAUGUUUCUCAACCAGACGUGUAAAGUUGCCGAGCAGGACGUCACGGUGCUGUUUGUGCAGAAAGCCCCGUUGUCAUGGCAGCCGUCUGGCUACGGGUACCUGCUGUCUGUGGAGUGUGCCGGGAUGGGACUCUGCCUUCUGCUGCUGCUGCCCGUCUUGUCCACGUUCCUCAAACUUAGUGACUUCACCAUUGUCCUUCAGGGGCUGGGCUUUAGACUGGCCAGGAAUGUGAUGGCGGGGUUUUGUACACGGACUUGGAUGGUCUACGUUUUAGUUAUAGUUUGUUCCCCAUUAGGAGUCAUAGCUUCUGGGUUAAGGUCUAUACUUAGCAAGGCCGUGUGUGAUGACGAGUUGGGCAAAAUAUUCGCCCUCGCCUCCAGUGCUGAGACCCUGGCUAAGCUGCUGGGCUCUGUGGUGUUUGUCAACAUCUACACCGCUACGCUGGACAUCUGGCCGGGGCCGGCCUACAUCUCAGCUGCACUGGUCACUCUAGGGCUCAUUAUUGUAAUGGUUUGUGUGUACCAACUACAUCAUCCCGUAGCAACAGUUGAACCAUUGACCAAGAACUACCAGAGUACAUGUAGUCGUGUAGCAGACGCCACUCCUGAUGUAUCCAGUGAAUCGGAGAAGAAAGAUCUAGAGACAACUUCCGCCAUUUCUCUGCAGUAA